UCCAUAAUAAUAGUUUUCAAGUGUAAAAGUAAAUGUAACAAUGUUAAUAAACCAAAUAUUUACCAUUCACAGAUCGUGCCACAAAUGACGUUUUUAAAUUUAAACAAAUAUUUACGUCAUCCUUGUUUGGAGGUUAUGUCGUUAUUAGUACAUACGAGUAAAAACAAUAAGUCAGGGCUCCAGCCAGAGCCGUAAAGAAAAUAUGAGUAACGUUAUGUAUAAAUGUUUCUUUUGCAAUUUUGUUAGUGAUAAUUAUUCUGUAAUAUCGGAACAUUUGGAGAGUAAUCAUAAUGUACCAGAAGAACCGCAGUGCCAAACUCUGAAAAACAUUCAAAUACAGCCUGAGGAUAGCUCUGUAGAUGAAAGUCUUAAACCCUUACCAAACAAUACUGAACAAGAAUCAGACACAGAGUUCCAGAAAAAUGAUUUCAUAAGAUGGUCUCCCCAAGAUACCCUGCUUUUAAUUCGGUUGGUGGAAGCUAACUAUGACAAAUUUAAUUCACAGCUUAAAAAAAAUGUCUGGAGGUCAAUUUCUAAUGAACUGUCCAAGACAACAGGAAAAAAAUUUGAUGGCAGUCAGUGUGAUUCCAAAUGGAAAAGUUUAAAACUUAUGUAUAAGAAAAUUUUAGAUCAUAAUAUGAAACACACUGGAAAUGAUAGAAAGGACUGGGAAUACUUUGAAGCAAUCCACACAUUUCUGUUUAAAAAACCAGAGAUAAAUCCAGCAGCUACAUGCAGUAGUUCAUCUGGAUUAAAAAUCACUGAAAACACGGAAUUGAAGGAAAAUAAAAGACCAACAGAUGUUGAUACUUUUGAGUCUACUUUUAAGAGAAAAAGGACACAAGUAAGUAGUGGCAAUUCAACGGCAGAGAAGAGGCACCAGGAGAGAAUGGUGCGACAGGAUCAAUUCCUAGGUUUAUUUAAGGAACUAGUGGAAGCAAUAAGAAAAGAUAAAAAUGAUUAAGGAGAAUCAUAGACUUAGAUAUAUGAAAAUACAUGUUUUCCGUUUUAAAUAAAAAUUUUGUGUAGCUGUCAUUUUAUUUUAAUAACGGGUGUCAGGCUCAC